AUGGCAAAAGCCGAUGCUCUAUUCCGGCAACGUCGGCCUGGCCGUCCGCAGAAAGCUCGUCCCGCCGAGAAAGACGUAAAAACUGGAUUCGACGGAAACUGGGAUCUAGUCGUCCGGAAGUGCCCGACGACGUUCUCGCAGCACGUUUCAGAAGUCACCACAGCCGAGUCGGAGAGUAGGGUCCAAAACGACGAGCUGCUGAAACGAAAAUCACGUCGGAAAACCGAGAUGCGUCCGUUUCAGGCGAUGUGGGCGAAAAGUCUCAGCGGGCUGGGAGUGUCGGUUCCACACGAGAAACCCGAUAGAAUCGCCAACGUCAACACCGCCGAGUACUCCUACGAAAGCAUAAAAGAGAUCUCUCUCAUCAAACCAGCAACGUCUUCUUUCACUCCAGAAGAAGCCGCCACCACCGUCAUUCAACAGAUAAACAACGGUUUCAUGACCAAUGGAACAUUCGGACAACCAGCUAAUAAGGACAAGCUGGAUGCCAGUUUCAUGGCUCUAGCUCAUCACGAUCAACCAAUUUGUGAGCGUGUCAUAUUCGCUUCUCUCAACGAAGAAAUCGCCGCACAAGAAAAACGAGUUCUCGACGCUCGACGACGUCUCCAGGAGGUGAUGAAAUACUUUGGAUGA